UUUAUAGUACCCAGCACGAGCUGCCACACAAAGGAGUAAAUGGUAACAGAAAAGCAAAACCGUAGAAAAAAAAAACAAUAUCUUCGUAACGUACGCGAAGUAAAAAUCUGAAUUCGUUCCGAUAAAGGCAAGGUCUGGGCCGCGUAAUCUAGCUCGAGCUCUUCUUGCUGCCAGCGGUUCCAUCUUGGAAUUGGCAGUGUCAAAAGGCCGCAACCAUGUGCUGCUGUUCGAAGCGAUACUCCAACACCGCCAAAAAGCUGUGGGCGUUUGGCGGUGUCGUGGCCAUCUUUGUGGCGGCCGCCUUUUUCGGGUUCGGUCUGCCGGCCAUCAUCGAUGCGGUGGCACUGACCGAGUUCCGCAUCAAGGAGGGUGCCCGUGUGUACGAGAACUUCUUCGACGGUGAGGUGCCGAUCUACUUCGACAUCUACCUGUUCAACUGGACCAAUCCGGAACAGCUCCGGGACCCGAACGUGCGGCCAAACUUUGUGCAGAUGGGCCCGUACGUGUUCUCCGAGCGGCACGAGCGUGGUAUGGUGUCGUUCAACGCGAACGAUACGAUCACCUUCAACCAGAAACGCAUCUGGCACUACAUUCCCGAACAGUCGAACGGUGAUUACUUCAACGAUCGGGUCACCACGCUCAAUCCAGUGCUGGCGACCGUCGGUAAAACGCUCGAAGGGGAUCCUUUGCUGCCCCUGCUCGACGGUAUCAUCAUGGCCAACAACCUGGCCGAUUUUCUGUACGAAGAUGUGCCAGUACAUGAAAUGCUGUUCGAUGGACAUCCCGACCUGCUACUGACUACGUUGCGCGAUUUGCUUGCCAUAUUACCGCCCGGCUCCGCGCCAGACAUCAGCCUGCCACCGUGGGAAGGGUUCGGAUGGUUUGUGGAGCGCAACGAGAGUCUCACCUACGACGGCACGUUCCAGAUGGGCACGGGCACCGACCAUCACAUCAACACGGGCGUCAUGCGCCAGUGGAACAAUGCUCCCCAGGUGCCCAACUACCGUGGCGUUUGCGGACAGGUGCGUGGAUCGGCGGGUGAAGUGUGGCCCCCGAUGGGACGCAGUUUGGACAGCUUUCCCCCGCUCAACCUCUUCCUGCCGGAUCUGUGCAGUGCGAUCACGCUGCGGCACGAGCGUGAGUUCACGGUGCACGGACUGGACGGGGAGCUGUGGGUGGGCGAUGCGCGAAACUUUGACAACGGGAACACGAUUCCCGAAACGGAAUGCCAGUGUACGUCGCCGGUCGAACAGUGUCCGCUCUAUCUGCCCGGUGUGCUCGACGUGUCCGAGUGCAAGUUCGGUGCACCGCUCGUCGUGAGCUAUCCGCAUUUCUAUCUCGCACAUCCCAGCUACCGUACUGCGAUCACCGGCAUGAACCCGGACCGUGCCAAGCACGAGUUCCGCUUUGCGCUGCAUCCCUUCUCGGGAAUUCCCAUGACCGCCAAUGGUCGCAUUCAGUACAACAUGCAUCUCAGAGACAAUGGAAUGGCUUUGUUCCAAGGCGUACCGGACAUUAUUAUACCCGCGUUCUGGAUCGAGCAGCGCAUGGUGCUGACGGAAAAUAUUGCUGACGAUCUUAAGCUUAUCGAAGACCUUCGAUGGGGCUUUAUCUACACGGCAUUCGCCCUGUGUGGUGUCGGUGCAUUACUUCUCGGACUGACGCUUUACGCAGCUUUCUUUGUGUGGAAGGACCAUAAUCCUCUACCAAAAAUCCAAACCAAUCCAAACCCCAUCUUGCUACACACAAUGUGUUCACCAUGUACAGACUUCCAGAAAAAGUUUAUAUCGCUCGGCUGCUCGGCAUUCCUCAUACUACUGGCCAUUGCGCUAGGCGUCCUGUGGCCGUCGAUGUCGGAGCAGGUGCUUCACAAUAAACUUGUAAUCAAGAAUGGAUCGUCCAAUUAUGACAACUGGAUCAGAACACCGAUUCCCAUGUACCUGGAGGUGUAUUUCUUCAACUGGACCAAUCCCGACGAGCUCAAGACGAAUCCAAGCGCAAAGCCGCACUUUGUGGAAAUGGGACCGUACACCUUCUCCGAGGUCCACGAACGGGUCAAUCUAGUGUGGAACGCGAACAACACGGUAACGUACGAGCAGCGCCGUACGUGGCACUUUGUACCGGAGCUAUCCAAAGGCACGCUGGACGACGAGGUUACAAACUUGAACGUUAUCACGCUGAAUGCUGCCCACUUCCUGCGCAAUACAAACUCGCUGCUGAAACCAGCCAUUGAUCUCUUACUCAAAACGGACGGCUCCUUGCUGUGGAAAAACAAACCAGUGCGGGAGCUGAUGUUUGAGGGUGUCAAAGAUCCACUGCUGGAUCUGCUGAAGGCACUCCACACUCCGGAGCUGAACAUACCGUUCGACAAGUUUGGUUGGUUUGUGGGGCGCAAUCUAAGUGACACGUUCGAUGGUACGUUCACGAUGAACACGGGUGCCGAUGGGUUGGAGCGGAUGGGCUUUCUAACGCAGUGGAACGGUGCCCCCCGGACCGGCAUGUAUCGGGGCAAGUGUGGCGAAGUGUACGGUACCUCCGGCGAACUGUGGCCCGCCACUAGCCAAACUCCCCCGAACAUCACACUCUUCCCGUCGGACAUUUGCCGUUCGAUAACGCUGCAGGCGGACGAGCAAGUCGCGCUGUACAACAUCCAGGGCACGAAGUAUGUCGGUGACGACCGGGUGUUCGAUAAUGGGGUGAAGUAUCCCGAGGCUAGCUGCUGGUGCAAUGCCGAUCCGGCCCACUGUCCCGACCUGAAGCCGGGCGUGUUCAAUGCGUCUGCCUGCAAGUACGGCUCGCCCACGUUCGUUUCGUUCCCACACUUUUAUCUGGCAGAUGAAAGCUACCAAACAGCCGUCACCGGACUGCGGCCGAACCGUACGGAGCACGAGUUUUAUAUGGCGAUCGAGCCGAACACGGGCAUACCGCUGGAUGUGCGUGCCCAGCUGCAGAUCAACGAACACCUGCAGCCGAUAAGUGGGUUCAGUUUCUACAAGCAUGUACCGGAUGUGAUGAUACCGAUGUUAUGGUUCCGGCAGCGUGCCACCCUCACCCAAGAGCUGGCCGAACAGGCAAAGUUGGCGCUCGCUUUACCAUCGCUUGGGAUCUACGUGGCUGUAUUCUUUGGUUCCAUCGGCACCAUCAUGACAGCGGUGUUUCUCUUCUGUAGCAUUAAAAAAUGGUCACAAAACACGGAGCAGUCGGUACCGUACGAAGAGCUGCAAAGCUAGAGAGAGGCUUUCCGUUUUGCUGGACCACCACCAAUACACCAAUGUCGUUAAUAGUGUAAUCAUCGAUGAAGCUAAUAUCCUGCAAAGUGCCUUACAGUAAGCAGAUGGACGGAACGGGCAUUCCCAAAGAACGAGCAGUACGCAAAGAUAGUUACGUACGUACGUAUUAUACGUAUUAUCACCUUUCCCUCCCCCUAGCUCGUGCGGUCUAACAAUCGUUUACGCUUAGGAUGACUCUUUUCCUAUUGGUUUUCUUGCCUUCCCCUUGUGUAUUCAGUGCUUAAGAUAUUCAAGUGCCAAAUGAACGGUCGACCACGGCACAAGCGUCGGACGUUUCAGGUGUUAGAUAGAGAUUAUUUGGUUCGCAUUCCGUCUGAUUUUUCGUUUCGCACCCUAAUAUUAGGUUAAAUUCUACCCAUACCACUAGUGACUUUGAAAACAUACCAAAAUUGCUCAAUUACCAUUACACCAUAGAGCAGCACUUUUUGUUAACGUUAUAAAUUUUUUGCUAAGUAAAAUCGACUGACAACAACAACAAAAUAAACAAAGAGAGAAUUCAGAACGAAUUUCUCCAGCAAGGGACGAAGUGACGAGUUGAAAAUAGCUAGCAAACGUGCUAAUGGUAGGAGAAAUUGUAUUUUACAGCAAUAUUCUUAAGAGGUAUUCGUUUUACUUGGUGAAUGUAUCUUACUGUUCCUGUAAAGUGGGAGUGAAUAAAAAUGGAAACAUG